ACGACUGGCGCUGGGCCGUUACAACAACAGGUUCGGGUGAAGCGGAGAGCGGGAGUUGGAAGGAGGAUUCUCCUGAAGCCGCUCGAGGGGGGAGACGGCGACCAUCCCGCCUCGGUUACCAUGGAGACUCCAAAUAGACCUCCGACCCGGAAAUAGAAAUCGCCUGCAUUGAGACACCCCCCUUCCCCAGAAUGUCGCUUGUGCAGUUACUUUGAGAGGAGAUUCUGUACUCAAUAUUCGCCUUUCUGUAAUAGAGUCAGGGAAAAGAGGUUUUAUAUAGUUAAACCCACCGGGGGAUCUGUCCUGGAAUCCGCUGACAGCCUGCCAAUGGUUUGCGGGGAUCAGUAGUCUCUAAGAAGCUGUUCAAGUUAGACCAUGACAUUUUUGAAACGCAGGAAGACUGUUAAAGGCACUGAAGAACAUCCAAAACAACAGGAGGAUGAGCAGCCCGAAACAAAGCCAAAAACUGGUCCACUGGUAUUGAAGAAUAUAACUUUCCUGCUUGGUGGAUUUCUGGCAAUUUUCUUAGGACUUCUAACCUCAGUUUAUCUUGCAACUUUGCAUGAGAAUGAUCUGUGGUUUUCUUCAAUCCAGGUGGUUGAACAGGAAAUCUCCUUCAGGACAGAGUGUGGCCUAUACUAUUCAUAUUACAAGCAGAUGCUGCAGGCCCCAACCAUAACCCAAGGAUUGAAGGAACUCUUGUAUGACAACAAAACUGAAUCAAGGAGAACAAUAAAUCUGCUGAAGCGGAUGAACAUUUACCAAGAGGUUGUCCUAAGCAUAUUGUACAAAAUGUUAUUUAUUGAGAGAUAUUUGGAACCAGUCUACUUCUACCUAUACACCGUAUUUGGACUCCAGGCCCUCUAUGUAACUUCAAUGUAUAUUACCAGCUGGUUACUAAGUGGAACCUGGAUGUCAGGAGCACUGGCAGCUAUAUGGUACAUUCUAAACAGAGUGGAUACAACAAGGGUGGAAUUCACCAUUCCACUGAGGGAAAAUUGGUCACUUCCAUUUUUUGCAUUACAAAUAAUGGCACUCACAUAUUACCUUAAACCACAAGUCAAACCUAGUCAACAGUGGUGGUCAUUCACAUUGAUUAUGAUAUCAACAUUCCUUUUCUGCAUUACGUGGCAGUUUAACCAAUUUAUCUUGCUAAUACAAGCGCUGGCUCUCUUUUCCAUGGACUGUUUAGAUAUGGUGCCUGCAUCAAAGGUUACAUCACUAUACCUUGUGCAUAUAGCUUCUUUACUUCUUGUCUGGAUCCUGCAGUUUAACAACUCCAUGCUCCUGGGGUCAUUGGUUCUAAGUUUUAUUCUGGCUGCUUUAGUAGUGCGGCAUCUGCAGAGGAAUUUAAAGUCUGGCAGUUUUUUUGCAAGAGUUUUGAAACUAUUGCUGCAUUUAAUUGUAGUAUUCAGCUUAGCAAUCCUAGCAAAUAAUGCAACUAAGAAAAUUCUAGGGCUUGAAUCUGAUGAACAUAUUUUUAAGUUCCUUAAAGCAAAGUUUGGAUUUGGGGCAACAAGGGAUUUUGAUGCUAAGUUAUACCUGUGUGAAGAAGCUUUUGGCCUUCUGCCUUCUGAUACUUUCCAAAGACUUUUGAACACACUGAUUUUGCCUUCAUAUAUUUUAAUUCUGGUUAUCACAGUGGUCAUUGCUAUAAUUGUUGCUGUUCAGAAUCUCAGCUAUAGUUCAGCUGUAAUCCAGAGCACAUCCAUUAAAGAACAGAACAUGACUAUGUUGAGGCCCGACAUGGCUUACAAUCUACUGCACAAUGUGCUAUUUGGUCUGCUGGCUUUAAGUACAAUGAGGAUGAAAUAUCUCUGGACAUCUCAUAUGUGUGUCUUUGCAUCAGCAGCAAUUUGUAGCAGCCAUUUAUGGAGUCUGAGUCUCAAAGCAAUUCGACUACAUUCUCCUCAGUGGGUCCGUGUGAUGAGGUUUGCAGUUCCUAUAUUAAUCUUCAUUUACCUUUAUCAUGAAUUCUGGCCAAAGAUAAUGAUUGAACUGUCAGAUCUGAGGGAAUUUUAUGACCCUGAUACAGUUGAAUUAAUGAACUGGAUAAAGUCAAAAACAUCCAAAAAUGCGGUAUUUGCUGGAAGUAUGCAAUUAUUAGCAGGGGUCAAACUGUGUACUGGGAGAUCCAUAACUAAUCACCCUCACUAUGAAGACAAAAAGUUAAGAGAAAGAACAAAACAGAUCUAUCAGAUAUACUCCAAGAGGUCUCCAGAAGAGGUAUACAAUAUCCUACGGAUAUAUGGAACAGACUACAUUCUCCUUGAGGACAGUAUUUGUUAUGAAAGGAGACACAGUAGAGGCUGCCGUUUGAGAGACCUGCUUGAUGUCGCAAAUGGUCAUGUAAUGGAUGGUCCUGGAGCAAAUGAUCCUGAUUUGAAGCUUUCUCCUUAUCCACGCUUUUGUGAUGAAAUAAAAUAUGGUAAACCUCCCUAUACACUUUAUUUCUCUCGUGUGUUUAAAAACAAAACAUUCCACGUUUACAAGCUAAAGAAGAAGAAAAAUGUACAUUAUUAGAAUGUUUGCAGCUAUUCAUUACAUUGCGAAAGAAUAGGUGUUGGCUAUACAAAUAGAAAAUACAAAACUGCAUUUAUGGAAGGACUAAUCUUGCGUUUGGAAUUGAGUACUUAUCAGCUGAAUUCCAGAA